GUUGGCUCGCAGUACAGUUCUGAUGGCACAGUGGUGGAGUUCUUUGAAACCAACGUCGUCAUCAUCGGUGCGAUAAAAACCGCGUCAAGACCUAAAAAUCGUGAAUCAACGGUAAACAAGAAGCGUGAAGACCCGAAGAGGCGAAGAAAAACAAGGAAAAGUCUUAAGCGCGAGGCGAAAGUGACAAGAAGAAGGAGCGAGAGAUCCCUGCGCGAGUUGGGCGUCUUGCAUAAAAGUUAGUGGUGGCGUCUCUGGGACGUCACUGCACAAGACUACCCUCAGUGUGCGAGAAUGUUACCACGAGGAGUGAGGGCGUUACUCGCCCUGCUGGUACUCUCGGCGUCGACGAGGGCGUCGAGGAGCACGCCCGCGGACAUAGUGCACACGUUCGCCGACCCUGAAGUCGAGCGUCUGAACCACCUGGUGGUGGACAAGAACACGGGGCGAGUGUUCGUGGGUGGUGUGAACCGUCUGUACCAGCUGUCGCCGGACCUGGACCUGGUGGUGAAGGAGGUUACGGGACCGAAGAACGACUCGAACGACUGUUCGAUGAUCGACUGUCCGGCCGGCGUGGUCAAGAAGUUGACCGACAACGUGAACAAGGCUCUGGUCAUCGACUACACGACCACGAGACUGAUAUCGUGCGGCAGUCUGUUCCAGGGGAUGUGCACGGUCCGGAAUCUCCACAACAUAUCGGACGUUGCUCAGGAGGUGCGGGAGGCCGUCGUCGCCAACAACGCGACCGCAUCGACGGUAGCCUUCAUCGCACCGGGUCCUCCGAACCCGCCGGUCUCCCAGGUCAUGUACGUCGGCGUGACCUACACCGCGAAUUCGCCUUACAGGUCCGAAGUCCCAGCGGUUAGCUCGAGAUCACUGGAUAAAGAGCGGAUGCUCGUGAUCGCCGAGACGGCGGUGACGACCGGGACGAGAAUGUUCGUCAACUCUUUGGCCAGAGAACGGUUCCCCAUAAACUACGUACACGGUUUCAGCAGCGAGGGUUUCAGCUACUUCCUCACCACUCAGCCGAAGAGCACCGCCACUGGAAGCGAGUUCAUUUCCAAGCUGGUGCGCGUCUGUCACGACGAUCAGAACUACUACUCGUACACCGAGAUACCGAUCGACUGCACGAACGAGCUGAGGAAGUACAACCUCGUCCAGGCGGCUUACGCCGGCAAGGCUGGGUCCGACCUUGCCGGACACCUCGGCAUCACCGCCCAGGACGACGUACUCUUCGCCGUUUUCUCCGAGAGCAACGCCACCACCAACAGGCCGUCGUCCAAGUCCGCGCUCUGCGUCUACUCCCUAAAAGCCAUCAGGAGAAAGUUCAUGUCGAAUAUUCAACACUGCUUCGCCGGGCAGGGGCAGCGGGGAUUGGACUUUAUAUCGCCAAGUCAUCAGUGCGUUCCUACGAAGGUGCAGACUAUGCCCGAAGAUUUUUGCGGUCUUGAUUCCAACACGCCUCUCGGAGGCCAGGAUCCUAUCGCUGCUUUGCCGGUCCUGACUUUCGAUGAGCAUCUAACUGCCGUUGCAGCAACAUCGACUGGUGAUUACACCGUCGUCUUUGUCGGCACGAGCGAUGGCCAUCUCAAGAAAGUCGUCGUUGAGAGUGCGACCUCGGCUCAGAAGUAUGGUGACCUUGAGGUGGAUCCGAAAUCUCCUGUGAAUUCGGACCUACAUUUUGACUCGCAGCUUAUGCAUCUCUACGUGAUGACGCAGCGCAAGGUGUCCAAAGUCAAAGUUCAGGAAUGUUCGGUGUACAAGACGUGCUGGGACUGCUUGGAGGCCAAGGAUCCUUACUGCGGCUGGUGCUCGCUGGAGAACAAGUGCAACCUGAGAAGCGACUGUCAGGAUGCAGCCACCGACCCCUUGUACUGGAUUUCGUACAAGAGCGGUAGGUGCACGACCAUAGCAAGCGUCACUCCGAAUCAGUUGCAAAGAACGACUGCCAGGACCCUGGAUCUGGUGAUAGAGAACCUUCCGACACUCCCGGGACAGUUUCUCUGCGCGUUCUCGGCCCUCGACAAAACCCUCAUAACAAAUGCUACCCGAAAAUCGCACGGCGUUAAUUGCACUACUCCAAGGACCGAUCUGCUGCCGUUGAUACCUCAAGCCGAGCACCACUUUACGGCUAGAUUGUCCGUCCGAAGGACCAGCGGACCCGACCUCGUUGCCACAAAUUUUACCUUCUUUGACUGCAACACGUACAGCUCUUGUACCCAGUGCGUUUCAUCGAGCUUCCCCUGCGACUGGUGCAUCGAUGGUCACAGAUGCACUCACGACACUGCCGAGAAUUGUCGCAAUGACAUUUUGGUCACCGGAGUCAGCAGAAUCGGCCCGAGUUAUCGAAGUGGACCAGGUUUUUGUCCUGCUAUUAACCCCACGGAUUCUAAAGAAAUACUCAUCCCGUCUGGAAUAACGAAAGGUAUCCAUGUCAAAGUGCAUAUCAUUGGGCAAUUCAUCGUGCAAACGAGGUUCGUCUGUGAGUUCAACAUCGAAGGACGUGUAACGAGCGUUAUCGCACAACUCUUAGCAGACACGAUAUACUGCGACUGGACAAAAUUCUCGUACACGUCAAGUGCGCCGAAUAUCACGGUACCUUUCGCGGUAAUAUGGGGGGGUUCGAAGCCUCUGGAUAAUCCCAGCAACAUUCAUGUUGUCAUAUACCGUUGCAAGGAUAUGGCUGACAACUGUGGCAUGUGUCUGACUCUCCCCGAAAAGUACGGAUGCGGGUGGUGUCAAAGCUCUGAUAAGUGCGAGGUGAAAGAGCAGUGCAACGAUCGAGGUUCCGGCGUUUGGUUAAACAGAAAUGAAACCUGCCCAAACCCAGAGAUUCUAUCGUUCGAGCCGCAGCUUGGGCCAUGGGAAGGAGGUACGAAUGUAACGAUACGAGGAAUAAACUUGGGGAAAACAUUUGCCGAUAUAUACGCUGGAGUAAAGAUUGCCGGACUUCCGUGUGAGCCUUACCCUGAACUCUACGUCAGGACAAAACAGAUCGUAUGCAGAGUCGACGGGCCUGGUACUCCUCAGGAGCGAAAGGGACCCGUGAUAGUCAAGAUAGAGGAUUUUCGCGGCUACUCGGCCGUUAACUUCGAAUUCGUCGACCCUGUUAUCGAGUCCAUAUCGCCUAAGUAUGGCCCUCGGAGUGGUGGGACCGUCAUCAGGAUAACAGGACGUUACAUGAACGCCGGAAGCAGGAUACUCGCUUUCAUAGACAAGCUACCGUGCUCCAUAAUAAGCGCCAAGGCUAACGAGACCCUCUGCGUGACCAGCGCUAGCGCUAGCGCUAGCAACACCACCCGCAGUGGUGUGCUAAGGAUGCAGUUUGACAGCGGAGUUAGACAGUACAACGGCGUUUUCGAAUACGUCGACGAUCCCAUGAUAGAAUCCGCCGACAGCGGCGUUGCGGGCCUGAUCAAAAUACCGAAGGGAAUUCCCGCCGGUGGUAUAAAGAUAUCGGUAAUCGGGAUGAAUCUUGGAUAUGUAAAAAAUCCUCAGAUGUACGUCUACUACCACGACAAAAUGUUCGUUUCUGAGUGCAUUGCGGUCAACCAUACAAACAUGAUUUGCAAUUCACCCGUCGUCGAUAUAUCCGAAGACACUCACCUGGACGCUGAACAUCCACUGAUGCUCGACUACGGAUUCCUCAUGAACAAUGGCACGGGCGUACAGAAGCUUUCCGCUCAUGGACAUGAAAACUUCGUGCUUUUCCCCAAUCCGGUGUACGAAGUUUUCGAGGAGGAAGUGAAGUACGAAAAAUGCGAAUACCUCGUUAUAAACGGUGAGCACUUGAACCGUGCGUGUCAAGAGUCGGACGUAACUGUCCAAAUCGGUGACUCUUUCUGCAACGUGACGUCACUAUCGAGACGACAGCUGACAUGUCGCCUCUCUCCACUUCAGCCUCUACUCUUUAAUAAUACGGGUCUUGCCAACAAGCAGGAACUUCCAGAGGUGAUUGUAGUCGUCGGAGAUGGGCUGAAGUACAAAAUUGGGAAGCUGAGCAGAACUUAAGUAAAGUUCGAAAUGGAAGAAAUCGUUUAUUUCAAGAUUGGCAGUUUCAGAUUAAAGUAGAUUAACCGUUGAAAGUAGAGUUAGGAUAAUGUGGCAUUGAAAUGAUUCUCAUCGAUGGAUAACGCUCGCGACAUUUUUAUGUGUUUUGUACAUUUCCUACCAUCGACAUUUUCUGACAAUGAAGCUAAAGUUGUUCAAAACGAGACAAGAAACUCACCAAAAUAACUCCGUUUUUAUUUCGAGCCACACAUCCACGAUUCUUCUGGUAAUUGCCGAAUAUAAGUUUUCAGGUAAGCACUUCAAAUCACGUUAAACAGCUUAAAUCUGACGAACUGAAUUCCGAACUGCCAAAGCGUGUGAUUCUCUACCCGUUGCUCAUCUUCUAAUGACGCCUCACAGUGCUGAUGACGAGAAAAUCGGAGAAGCCGCGUAGUAACGGCGCAGUUUGAAGUUUGCAUCAGACAUAACGUAUAAUAAAUUUGAAUUCUCUGACAAAGUUCCGGUUGAAUAAAAUACAUAUGCGCGUAGACUAUAUGCGUACAAAUAAAUGAAAGUAAGACACAAAA